GGCUCCUUCGCGGGGCGGCGGGGCGGCGGUGCGCAGGCGCGGAGCCGAGUCCCGCUGGGCCGCAGCCGGUGGCCGGCUCGCAGUGGGCCCUGUACCCGGCCCUUCACGCUCCGUUCCCCCUUGCUCUGUGGAGACUGGAGGACGUACCAGAUCCCACGGAACUGUGGCGGCAGGAUGGCGCAGACCGCCAUGUCCGAGACUUACGAUUUCUUGUUUAAAUUCUUGGUCAUCGGAAAUGCGGGAACCGGCAAAUCUUGCUUGCUUCAUCAGUUCAUUGAAAAAAAAUUCAAAGACGACUCAAAUCAUACCAUAGGAGUGGAAUUUGGCUCAAAAAUAAUAAAUGUUGGUGGUAAAUAUGUAAAGUUACAGAUAUGGGACACAGCCGGACAGGAGCGAUUCAGGUCUGUGACCAGAAGCUACUACAGAGGUGCAGCAGGGGCACUCCUUGUCUACGACAUCACCAGCCGAGAAACCUACAAUGCGCUUACUAAUUGGUUAACAGAUGCCAGAAUGCUGGCGAGUCAGAACAUUGUCAUCAUCCUCUGUGGGAACAAGAAGGACCUGGAUGCUGACCGUGAAGUCACCUUCCUUGAAGCCUCCAGGUUCGCACAAGAGAAUGAGCUGAUGUUCCUGGAAACGAGUGCCCUGACUGGUGAGAAUGUUGAAGAGGCUUUCAUGCAGUGUGCAAGGAAGAUACUUAACAAAAUUGAAUCAGGUGAGCUGGACCCAGAGAGAAUGGGCUCUGGCAUCCAGUAUGGAGACGCUGCCCUGAGACAGCUACGGUCACCACGGCGUACACAGGCCGCAAGUGCACAGGAGUGUGGCUGCUAGGCACAGCAGCCACACAGGUUCAGUGGUGGUUUCUGGAGCACAGCUGCUGGAGCCUGAAGGGGCGGAAGGUUUUACUACCAUCUGUUCCACUCUGCACGGAAGUAGAUCUUUGUGGGGGAAGCAACAGUGCACACCGGCGGACAGGACUCAGCAGCCAUACUGCAAACUAACUCAGCGGACAAUACCUUUAGAGGCCACAUGUAUGCAGAGAUCCCUGCCCCACAUCUGCCCCUCCUGUUCUGUUAAAUCAUGCUUGUGCUGCACACAGCCCAGCCCGUUCCUCCAGCAGAGCCAAUGUGACAUGAUAGAAUCCUGCACUCAAUGAAGCUUUUUUUUUUUUCCUUUUCCAACUCACAGGAAAUGCAGUUUGUGAAUGUGAGCGUGCUCCUCUCAUUGUGUUGGUUACACACGUGACUCGGUAUCAAAGGACUCUGGCGCCACCAGCCAGGGCAUUUCUUAUUUAAUCCCUCUUACCCUUUUUACACUGUGUCUCUGUGAUCCACACCUGAAAUGCUAAACCCACAGGACUCACUAACAUCCGGAAAUAAAGCGGAACCCAGUUUCUCAUGCACAGUACACUGUCCUGCUCUGUGGACUGUAAGGCUCUUAACUGAGGUCAGUACAAGAGCUGUCGUGGGCCCAGGUCAACCUGCCCAUCCUGCUCGGCUUCCACAUCACCCUCAACCUCCACUGUCUGUCCCCCUGCUAGAAGACCCAUUGUAAGGGCAUCACUGCCUCUUUUUCCACUUCUUACAUUGUUUUGUAGUCCCUUUCAGCAAACUCACUACCUCUAGCAAAGGAUGCUGCUCAUUAAGAAAUCUGGGCUCAGUAGUAAAGUGCUUCACUCAGCAUGUGCAAGGCCCCGGGUUUGAUCCCCAGCAAGCACCUCCCCAUCAUACACAUUAGUAUUAUGCCAGGUGUGGUGGCACACAUCUGUGAUCCCAGUGCUCAGUAGACGGAGACAGUAGGAGGCUAUCAUGAGCUCGAGACCAUCUUGAACUAGAGACUGGAAUGAGUCCAGGGGAGAGGUGAGUCACACAAAAUUUCCUUGUGGCUCUUCUUGGAAACAUAAAUGCCCUACUGUAUACAAUUAUCAAACUGAGCUGGUUUUUGAGACAGGAUCUUACUAUGUAGCCCUGGAACUUGAUAUAUAGACCAGGAUGACCUCAAAUUCAGAGAUCCACCUGCCUCUGCCUUAAGAGUUCUGAGAUUAAAGGCAUGGACCACCACACCCGGCAAAACCUGUUUUCCUAACAAGCAAUGUUUCCUGAGCACUACCUUUCUUGUGCAAAUUUUAAUAUGACCAAACUUCAUUUCUCGCCUAUUUAAAGUGUUUUCCAACUUUGA